AUGUCGGGCCGAGUUAGUAAUACGAAUGAAUAUAACAACGAAAUAGAUAUAAAAUACGAAAUGGGCACCAGUGAUAGAAAAGUUUAUGAAAAUUUAUUAGAAAUUCAAAAUACAUUAGAGGAAUCAUUUAAUUUAAUGAAACAACAUCUGACAACUCGACCGAUGGAACGACUAAGAAACAAAUACUUUAAAAUGCGGUACAAAAAUUAUGAGGACGCGUGGGAGUAUCGUGUCAAUAGAAAAAUACGUGUGUACCUAAUAGUAUAUCCGUCCGAACGACGUGUAUACAUAUUUGGUGCAGGUGCUCAUCCGAACGGAUCUGCUCCCACACCUCCUAAAUCAAAAAACAUUUUAUGGUCGCGAUUCUUAGUAGUUUGA